CAAGGUUGAACGUAGUCCUAGUAGAAAAAUUAUUUAUUUAUUCAUCAGUCUGUUAUUAGUGAAUAUGUGGCUAUUGUUAGCAGCGAUCUUAUUACCUUUAGCAAUAUUUUAUUAUAAAAGAAGGCAGAAAAGAUAUGAAGAAGUUUGGAAACAUAUUAUGGCCAUUCCCGGACCUAAAGCUUAUCCUGUGAUAGGAUGUUCAUACAAAUCAUUUACCCCAGAAUCAUUAUGGGAUGAAGAAAGAGACCGGGCUAAGCAAUUUUAUCCAAUUUAUAAGGCAUGGACUUUCGACUUUGCAUUUGUUGUGAUUAUGUCCCCAGAAGAUAUGGAGAGUGUCUUAACCAAUCAAAAACAGAACACCAAGAACUUCAUCUAUAAUUUUCUUCAUUCGUGGUUAGGAACUGGACUUCUAACCAGUGGAGGUACAAAAUGGCAGAAAAGAAGGAAAAUAUUAACCCCAGCAUUUCAUUUCAAUAUUUUGCAUGAGUUUACAGAUUCAUUAAACAAAGAAGUUCAAAUACUUGUAGAUAAUUUCAAGGAACUGUGCCAUCAACCUUAUGUGGAUGUUACUAAACCAAUUACGGAAUUUGCUCUAUAUGCAGUUGGUGAAACAUCUCUGGGUGUCUCCCUUCGAGAAGAUCCAAAUUGCGAAGAAUACAAAAAAGCUGUACAUGACUAUGCUGAAUCCUUCAUAUACAGAACUAGUCGUCCAUGGUUAUUCUUUUCUUUUAUUUACAAACUAAGUCCGGCUUACAAAAAAGAAAUGAAAAUUGUGGAAACCUUGCACAAUUUUACCACUAAUGUAAUUAAAGAGAAGAAGAAAGUAUUUGGAAAAGACGUAGAUUACGAUCAAAGAAAAAAACUUGCUUUGUUGGAUUUGAUGUUGAAGGCUCAACAAGAUGGAGCUGCAAUCGAUGAUGAAGGAAUAAAAGAAGAACUCAACACGUUUAUAUUCGAGGGACAUGAUACCACUUCCGGCUCCAUUGCUUACACUUUGAUGCUGCUAGCAAAUAAUAAAGAGGCACAGGAAGAAAUUUAUCGAGAGAUUGUGUCGAUCAUUGGAAGCAAACAAUCUCCAUCCUAUAGCGAUUUAAGUGAACUGAAAUAUAUGGAAAGAUGUAUCAAAGAAAGUCUUAGGUUAUAUCCAAGUGUUCCGGUAAUAGGCAGGGUGACAGGGGAAUAUAUAAAAUCACAAUCUGGAUACACCAUUCCCAAAGGAUGUAUUAUAAAUCUUAGUAUAUACGAUAUGCAUAGAAAUCCUGCAAUCUGGGAAAAUCCUGAAAAGUUUGACCCUGAUCGUUUUUUGCCUGAUAAUAUAGCUAAAAGGCACCCAUUUGCUUAUGUGCCGUUCAGUGCUGGAAGCAGAAAUUGUAUAGGUCAGAAGUUCGCAAUGUUGGAAUUAAAAGCAACUCUAUGUGGAAUAUUGAGGAACUUCCGGUUAGAGGCUUAUGAUAGACCUGAGCAUAUAAAGCACAAAUCUGAUAUUGUACUAAGACCUGCUGGAGAAAUACGAGUAACUUUUAUUUCUAGAACUUAGCAUAAAUAGUAUUUAAGUUUAAGAUAAUGUGUUCUUUUUAAUUAAGAAAUAUACGUGUUAACAUAUUUAUUACAGACUUUUACGUUAUUUUGCAACUGUAGAACUCAACUUCAGUAUUUUUGUCUACGCCCGUGAGAUAAUACCUUCUUAUCCCACUCAUUUUGCGUGAAAUAAUAAGUUUAUUAAUGCACGAGUUUUUCUUAUCUCACUGCUUUUCAAUCAAUUAAAUAAAAAAGUUAAAAUCUCAAAAUCUAUUUAAAUUUAAUAAUAAAUUACUGUCACAAUCUUAAGUAACAAGUAUAGUAUAUUAUAUUACGAGUGUGGAAAGCGACAUUUUCCACACGAGUGGGAAAUAUUGUCGCACGAGGCACAAGCCGAGUGCGACUAUCACACGAGUGUGGAAAAUCACUUUUCACACAAGUGAUGUACAACAUUUUUCCUACUACCACAAAAUA